AUGGCGUCUCCCACUCCGCCACCGAAAGUGUUCGUGAUAGGCGGCACGGGCGCGCAAGGCCGGCCUGUGAUCAGAGGGCUCGUCCGGGACGGCGCGUACGCCGUUCGGGUGCUCACGCGCGACGCGAGCAGCAAGUACGCGCGGCAGCUCAAGGCGCUGAGCCCGUCGCUCGUCGAGCUGGUCGAGGGCACUUUCGCGGACGAGACGGCGCUCCGCAACGGGCUGCGCGGCUGCGCGUACGCGUUCGUGAACAUCGACGGGUUCAACUGCGGCGAGAAGGCGGAGGUGUACUGGGCGAUUCGGACGUACGAGCUCGCGGUCGAGAGCGGGCUGCGCUUCUUCGUGUACGGCAACCUGGACUACGGGCUGAAGAAGGGCCAAUGGGCGUCCAAGUACCGGUGUGGGCACUACGAUGGAAAAGGGCGAGUGGGCGAGUGGAUCUUGCAGCAGAACAGGCAGCUUGGGAGGAGAAUGGGUGCAGCCCUGUUCACCACAGGGCCGUACAUCGAAAUGACCAUUGCCAAAGAUACACCCAUGUGCCCGACGAUAGAGAACGGCGUGGUCACGUGGAGGAUGCCUUUGAGCGACGGAGCGGUGCCGUUCGUGGCGCUGGAAGACUGCGAGUACUACGUGCGCUGGAUCUUUGACCACCAGGACCAAGCGAACGGGAUGGACCUCGAAGUCGCCGUCGAUCACAUAGGGGUUGCCGAGCUGGCGGCAGCGUUUGCGAAGGUGACGGGCCGGCCAGCGGUGUACGUGCCCGUGAGCCUGGACGAGUACUGGACGGACGGCGUGUUCGCCUCGCGAGCCGACCGGGUGAGCGGGUACAACUCCGACCGCGCGGAUGCGGCACACAUGCUCGUGAGGGACAACUUCACCGGGUUUUGGAACCUGUGGAGGGACUCUGGCGGUAACAAGGGCGUCGUCCGACGAGAUUACGCUCUGCUGGAUCGGAUUCAUCCCGGCAGGAUUCGAAGCGCCGAGGAAUGGUUUGCGCGCGAGGAGAAGAGAGGGAGAGAACAAGGGCUUGGAGGUUUAUGGGAUAGGGUUAACGCCAUGAAGCCUGUUCUAAAGGACGUGGAGGACGGAAGGAGGGGAAGGCUAUAAGAGGCUUGGGCCGCCGUGGUGGAAGUCCAGCGGUGACAG